AUGCAUUUCCCGUCCCUGGUGGUCGCCCUUGGCGUCUGCGGUGUCCUGGCAGCGCCUCUGGAACCACAACAGCCACUAGCUGAGAAUGCGCGCCACCACGCAGGACCGCAUAAAGUUACAAACCCAUAUAAACCAGGCUACGAAGAUCCGUACGACAGGAAGGUGGAUUCGCAGGCCGACAAGCUGCAGCCAUUGCCAUACCGAAACGGCGACGGCACAGAUGUCCUGGGUCCGCGCAACAGAGAACGAGAACGCCAAAAUCCUGAUCUAGUCCGCCCACCCAGUACCGACCAUGGCGCCAUUCCCAACAUGCGCUGGUCCUUCGCCGACUCCCAUAUCCGCAUUGAAGAAGGCGGCUGGACACGUGAGACGACCAUCCGUGAGCUUGGCACCAGCAAGGAGCUAGCCGGUGUCAACAUGCGUCUCGACGAAGGCGUUAUUCGUGAGCUCCACUGGCACAAGGAAGCCGAGUGGGCCUAUGUCCUCGAAGGCAAGGUCCGAAUCACCGCGCUUGACACCGAGGGAGGCAGCUUCGUCGACGACCUCGAGAAGGGCGAUUUGUGGUACUUCCCAUCUGGCCACCCUCACUCGCUGCAAGGACUGAGCCCCAAUGGUACCGAGUUCCUCCUCAUCUUCGAUGACGGCAACUUCUCCGAGGACUCGACGUUCCUCUUGACUGACUGGGUCCGUCUCACGCCCAAGUCAGUCCUGGGUGAGAACUUCCGACUUGCACCAGAGGUCUUCAAGGCUAUCCCCGAGAAGGAGAAGUACAUCUUCCAAGGCUCGAACCCAGACACAAUCGACAAGGAAGUCCCAAGCGGUAGCAAGGGCUACAAGAAGUCCAAGCUGCAGUUCACCCACAAGAUGCUUGCCCAGGAGCCGCUCAACACCACUGGUGGCCAAGUCCGCAUCGCAGACUCGACCAACUUCCCCAUCUCCAAGACGGUCGCUGCUGCGCAUUUGAGCAUCCAACCUGGCGCAAUUCGGGAAAUGCACUGGCAUCCCAACGCCGACGAGUGGUCUUUCUACAUCAAAGGCCGCGCCCGCGUAACCAUCUUUGCCGCAAAAGGAACAGCGCGCACCUUUGACUUUCAAGCCGGCGACGUGGGCAUCGUGCCGCGCAACAUGGGCCACUUUAUUGAGAACCUGUCCGACGACGAGGACGUCGAGGUCCUGGAGAUCUUCCGCGCCGACCAGUUCCAGGACUUCUCGCUGUUCCAGUGGCUCGGUGAGACGCCGCAGAGACUGGUCAGGGAGCACUUGUUCGCGAAUAGCCCGAAGGAGGGAGAGGCGUUCGAAAAGGCCAUCAAGGAUGCCGAGAGGGAUCCUAUCAGGGAUGUUGAAUUUGAAAAGGACGAGGACAAGGAGGAGCUGUAG